CGCGCGGAGAGGCGCGUGUCCGCCGGCGAUCACUCCGCGGCCUGUUUAAAGAUGCUGAACGAUCGUCUGCGGACUGAUGCCAGCUCUCUGGAGGGAAUGAUCGGCGGUGACUCUCCCCAGCAGGCCGUGUGUGAGGGCUGCACGCGGAUCAUCUCAGACCGCUUCCUGAUGCGGGUCAACGAUGCGUCCUGGCACGAGGAGUGCCUGCAGUGCGCCGCGUGCCAGCAGCCGCUCACGGCCACCUGCUUCUGCAGAGACUCCAAACUGUACUGCAAGACUGACUACCAACAGUUGUUUGCCACCAAAUGCAGCGGCUGUCUGGAGAAAAUAGCACCCACUGAGUUUGUAAUGCGAGCUGUGGGGAGUGUUUACCACCUCAGCUGCUUCUCCUGCUGUGUCUGUGAGCGCCAGCUGUGCAAAGGAGAUGAGUUUGUCCUGAAGGAAGGUCAGCUGCUGUGUAAGAGUGACUAUGAGAGGGAGCGGGACCUGCUCAGCACAGUCAGCCCAGACAACUCUGACUCAGAUAAGAGCGAGGAUGAGGAUCUGGAUGUGAAUUCAGAGAAGUGUCCUGCUGGUCAGGGAAAAGGCAGUGAUGACAGCAAAGACCCUCGACGGCCCAAAAGACCACGCACCAUCCUCACCACCCAGCAGAGAAGGGCCUUCAAGGCCUCCUUUGAGGUCUCCUCCAAACCUUGCAGAAAGGUGAGAGAGACGCUGGCAGCAGAGACGGGCCUCAGUGUACGUGUGGUCCAGGUCUGGUUCCAAAACCAGAGAGCAAAGAUGAAGAAGUUAGCCCGCAGACAACAGCAACAGCAGGAGCAGCACAACAGCCAAAGGCUAGGCCAAGAGGUGAUAUCAGGUUGCAUGGAGGGCCUGCUCAGCUCCUACUCAGGGCCGCUACCUUCAAACCAGCAGCAGCUGGUUACCAUGGAGCACAACAGCUACAACACUGACCCCUUCCAGCAGGGCCUCACCCCACCGCAGAUGCCUGGAGACCACAUGAAUCCCUAUGGUGACUCCAUUUUCCACGACAUCGACAGCGACACGUCUCUGACAAGUCUAAGUGACUGCUUCAUGUCCACUCCAGAUGUUGGCUCCUUGCAUGCUCGGGCAGGGAACCCCAUUGACCGCCUGUACUCCAUGCAGACCUCCUACUUUGCCUCCUGAGACCCCAAAAUCACUGUCGGUGCCACCUCACCUACAACACCAACUCCCGGACCAUGAACAGUGAGCUCACAACAGUGCAGACACAAGACAUACAGACCACAGAGUUGUCCCGCAAGACAGAAACCAGUAGGCAGGGAAAUACAUACCUGCAAAGAAUCCACCAAAUAUACCUGACUGACCUCCACCAGCCAAAGCAAAGGGAAGCAUGAAUUUGACUCCAUAUGCAUCCCACUGUCUGAAUCUGGGAUUAAUGCAGUAGAUUGUGAUUGUGAAUUGUCAGUAUUUGUACAGAUAUCACAGCAAAAGUAUUUAUUAGCGGUAUAAAAAGUGGGAAUAAAGUUCAAAUCAAACUGUUUCACAUAAACAUUAGGCUAAAUGUUUCUCAGGAGGUAACACAGUUGAAGGUGCAUUAAUAAUAUUUUCUGUUGUUUUUAAUGGGACAAUUAAGCAAAUAUAGUUUUGGUGAUGUAA